CAGGCUGCUGCUAUCAGGGAAUACUGGUGCCAUUUUCAGCAUCGCAGGCUAAAAGGAUUGAGCCUCGCCGCUGUACGCUUGGCUCGGCUCAGCUCAGCUCACCUCAGCUCAGACCAGCUGAACAAGAGGGGGACUGGAAGGGCCAACAAAAGAAGGAAAGAACGGCUGACCCCUAACACAGAACCCCCAACCCCCCCUUUCCCCUUUCCCGUCUCACCUCACCUCCCCCUCCCUGUUCUGGCUACAGACGGAGAACGUUAUGCAGUCCUUCCGUGAGCGCAGCGGUGGUUACCACAGCAACCAACCCUGCUACCAGCAGGAGCCCCAUGAAUUAUCCCGCCUGGAGACCUACCGGCAACACCCGCAUCAUCCCCAUCCACAACACCCGCACCCAGGCCCCGGUCCACAUCCAGGCCCAGGCCCGGGGCACACCAGGUCAGGCUAUGAGGCACAUUCCUUGGCAAACCCAACAAGCAUGCCGCCAACUGGAGGACCAGGAAUUGGAGGCGGACCUAAGGACUGUUACAGCCAGCAAGCCUACACUGGUUACCCAGGAAAUGGCGGAGGAAAUGGGAGUGGAAAUGGGGGCUCAGCACCCUCACAAGCAAAGAAAUCAUUCAGAGGAAGCAAAGUGCCCCCACCGAAUCCCAGUCAGCACCUGCAGGGUCCCGGGGGCUACAGUAAUCACAUGGGCCCAGGAACUUAUUCAGCCCAAUAUAUAAGCGAGAGCCACCUCCAGCAGAAGUGGGAGGACCCAGCCCAGUUAGCACAGUAUGAGCAGGAAAUGGUAGGACGUUUGGAGUCUAGUGGUACUCCUGCACCUAGUUCCUCCCAGUACAUGGAGCAGAAUAUGCUGGGCCACUCCCAGACCCAGUGCCACCAGUCCUCUACCCCUGUCUAUACCAGCCCCCACCACCAGCCCCAUCCUCCCAACCCUUCCCCUUCACCUCUCAUGUAUCCCCAGAGUCACCUGCACUACCCGCAGCACUCACCCUCUCCAUCUACAUACAUGGAAAAGUGCAGCCCUAUGCCCCACUGUUACAAAGGGUAUAACUUGCCUCCAGGUUCUCAAUAUGGCAGACAAAUGAGCAGCCACGGCAAUCUGAAGCAGGGGGCCUACAGGUCGAGCCAAAACAGUUACGGAUAUCAGCAGCCUCCCUCCAGAGGUUACGAGCAGCAGCCCAUGACCAACCCCCAGGAACCCCAUCCAAAAUACCAACACUAUAGCCAAGCCCAACAAAACUACUGUCUCUCAGAGUUGCCUGUCAGGUCCCCAGAACAGUAUUAUCAGACUUGUAGCCCCUCCUCGAGCCACUCCCCAGCUCGAUCUGUGGGGCGUUCCCCUUCAUACAGUUCCACCCCUUCACCGUUAAUGACCAAUCCAGAGUCAUUCCAGUAUAGCCAGCCACCUAUGACCCCUGGAGCAGCCUCCUCCUCUUCAUCAUCUUCAGCUGGCAUGCAGGAACAAGCCAGUGCCAAUACUAUGUUGAUGCCCCCACGCUCACACCCCUCACCCAGCAUACCGCACAGCUAUUCCACAACACCGCAGGUCCCCACGAUGAAAGAACGCUUCUCAGAGAAGCUAUUGUCAAACCCCAGCUUGUGGAGUUUGAAUGCGCUCACCUCUCAGGUGGAGAGCAUCUCUAAUAAUGUACAGCAGCUCCUGCUUUCAGAGGCCCUGGUUGCAAACAAAAAAGGCAGUAAGCGCAGUAGUGGCGGGAGCAACAGCAGUGCUGGAAGUGCAGUAUCCUCCAAAAAGGGUGAGGAAUACAAAAGUCCUCCAUAUCCAGACAGUGGUGGCAGUGUGGGUGGGGGACCUAUACAGGAUGCUUACUGUACCCCACAGCAUCAACCGCUGCCCAUGGAAAUCCAUGAGGGUGGCUACUCCAGCAGCAGCGAUGAACCGCUGGAGAGGGGCUACUACUACUUUGGCCAGGGCAGAAGUCCAGCCCAGGCCCAUAACAACACACAGCUCAGCGUCGACACAGCCUCUUCAUGCUCCAUGGCAUCUCCCGAUGACAUGUCUACCAGGUCUGGCGACUCAGGUCUGCACAACCUCACCCCUGACCCUGCUAGAUGUCAAUCAGGGCAGGGAGGAGAUGGCAUGAGCACUCCAGUGAAGAGCAUUAGUGACGAGAGAUCUCCAACAAGCAUUACAAUCCCCAGUCCCAUGAAGCAAGAACAAGAUUCUCCCUCUGAUAUGCAGCACAUCAAUGAGCCUGUCAAAGAGAAUUUUGAAGAAUCGGCCUGGACAGAGAAAUCUUCUGAUAAAGAUGAAUUGACAACAGAGAAGACUCCUGACCACAAGAGUGAGAGAGAUGUGGAGACGACAAAAUGUGGAGAGAAGCUAGAAAAAUGGUCAGAUGAAGAGAAAUGUCCAGAUGUUUACAGCAAAAUAAACAAAGAGGGGACAGGAAAAGCCUACUGCUAUGAGGAGACAGUGUACCAGACUAAAUAUGAACCUAAUGCAGGAGACUCAGUUGAACAGUCACCGGCAGCUCUGUCUGAUUCCAGCCACAAAGAUCAUUAUGGCCAGGAGAUGAAAUCAGAGACAUACAAAUCAGAGUCUCCAACUGCAUCUGAGAGCUCAGUGAAAACAUUGCCAUUCAUUUCCAGGGGUGACCUUGAGCAGGAUCAAUACUCCACAGGGAAGGAGGACAGCUCAGAAAACACGUCUCCAACUCCUCAAGUUGAGGCCUUGGAAGACUGUGUUUCAGACAAGAGAGACACCAGAGACCUGGACAAUGAAGGAGAGGGUGAAGAGGAAGAGAGAGAAAAGGAGAAAACCAAUGCAGAGGAACAAAAAGAAACAGAGAAACAAGAAAAAUGUUCCCUUUCACCACCUCUGUCUGUAGAGGUUAGGGAGGAACUGGGGGAGGGCGGGGAAUUGACCGAGUCAUCGAAUGAGGAGCACAUGAAUAAAAGAGAUGAAUUAGAAAAGAUGUCUGGGGAUAUUGGCAGCAAGACAGAGAACCAGACUACUGAGCUCCAUUCUGACAAUGAGUUUGCAGGGGGACCUGCCCAUCCAAACUCAGCAGCAGCAACAGCCGCAGCAGAUGCCUCUGAAAUGGAGUCAGCAAUUGGUGACACUGCCCCUCAGCCUCAGUCUGCUAUGCCGGUCUUCUCCGCUCUCAAUGACAAGGCAACACCUCCAUCUCAGGCCAGGGAUCAUAUUGAUCACAGUGAUGCUAAAGUGCUGGAGCCAGACUCUCCUCAACUACCAGGGAAGUCAAUACUUCCCUCAGCCCCCUCCUGGGCAGACACUCCACCUUCCCCGAAAAAAGGUGACGAGGACAUGGAACCAGGCAUCAGCUGUUCCAGCGCUGUAACCCCUUUGGCCAAACCAGAACCUGUGGCUCCAUCUGCUCAGCCGAGGGCAUUUGGACGUAAGCAUGCCAGGGGCAGAAGAAGAAUCAUGCAUUCAGGUGUGGGAAUCAGGCGACAGCUAAGCUUGGAGAGGGAGGGGGAAAAGGAAGAGGAAGGAGACCACUCACAUACACAGAAAACAAGCAUGCCUCCAAGCAAAACCGAGCUAUUCUCAGAUCAAAUGGAUCUAGCCCAUCAGGAAUCUAUUGUGAGUCAGACUCCCAAAAUGCUAAGUGAUGGUUUUCGUUCACGAAUGUGCACACGCUCAUUCAACGCACAAGAUUUGCCACCUAAAGCCGAACCUCAUGUAAAAAGAAAACCAGGCCCAAAGCCAGGUUCAAAGCCUGGUCCAAAACCAGGGCCAAAACCUGGUGUAAAGCCAGGGUCAAAACCAGGUGCAAAACAAGGGCCUAAACUAGCCCAAAAACCUGGCCCAAAACCAGGGUUAAAACCAGGACCAAAACCGGGACCAAAACCUCUGCCAAAUGAACCAGAACUGCCACCGAAAAUUGAGACUCCUAUAAAACGAAAACCAGGACCCAAACCAGGUUCAAAGCCUGGACCAAAACCUGGGUCAAAACCUGGAUUAAAACCAGGACCAAAACCUGGUCCAAAACCAGCUCUCAAGCCAGGCGCAAAACCAGGACCUAAGCCUGGACCCAAGUCUCCAGACAUUUUGCCCCACACUGACACUGCACCCAUCAAGGCCCCAGUGGGCCGACCCAAAGGUUCACUUACUAAACCUAAAUUGUUGCAGCAAGAAGAAACCACUCAGCCUUUCAUGGGACCGCAAAGCAGGAGUAGGAAGAGCCUGAAAGCUACAAUAUCACAAGUAAACCAGGGAGCAACACAAGAGGAGCAACAAGCACACCAUGAGCUAAAGACGCCAGAGAACGAGUGCAAGAAUAUGGUUUUGAGAUCCAGGAAGCCCUCCCAGGAAAAACUGUCAAAAGAAAAAGAAAAAAUAAUGGGUGAAGAUAUUCUCACAGAGACAGUCACAGAAUUUAAAGCCAGCGAUGUUUCUCUUAAAGAAGAAGAGCUCAUAACUGUGGAGCAAAUGCUCUCCCCCAUUCAGACUGCAGUCACAGAUAAUGAAGUUACAGGAGACCCACCCACACCACCCACACCACACAUCCCACCUGAGCAAUCUGAGGAAAAGAUCCCCCUUCCACUAAAACGGAAACCUACUUCAGAAGUUUCUACACCAUUAAAAAAAAAGAGGGGUCCAAAACCCAAACCAAAAACGUUACCGCCUCAGCCCGCCCUGCUGGAACAGGCCGUCCUAACACCUAAAGAGAAGGUCACACGCGGCCCGCGAAGAAAGCGAGGGCCGCCUAAGAAAGAACCUGUGGUCACUCCCAUAACCAAAGACAUUCUGGCCAACACCAGUGGACCUGAGAUCACUAGUGACCCGCCCGUGGUGCCUCCUCAGUGCCCCACUAAAACAAAAGUUCUCCCACCACGCAAAGGCAGAGGACAGAAAUAUGAGGCCAUGGUGCAGAAGAUUACAUCUCCUAGCUCAAAGAAACACCUCCCAAUUCCCCAGCUAGACAGCAGUCUGACUGAUGACGUGACAACCAAGGCUUUGCCUGAGCGCAUCUUAAAGGAAGGUGAGACGUCUAUUGUGACGAACAGCACUGAGGUGAUAGAGUCUCAACAAGAUGGAGAGAAACAACUUGAGGUGGGAGAGAGGAAAGUUGAGGUGACACAAGACAGAGAAAAGCAAGACAUGAGUCCAGAGGCACCAACACUAGAGGGGGUGAGACAAGGGCUGGAAGAGGUUGUAAAUAAAAAUGAAGCAACACAGGAAGAUAUUAAACCAGGGACAGAGCAGGAUGUUCUAGCUGAUAAUGUCUGGAGUUCAUUAGAGUCCGCAGUAGAAGGCAGCGCUCCAGGUGAGUGGAUACCAGAGGCCUCAGAAGGUGUAUCUACAGCUGCCGCCAAGUCUGUGAGGACUAAAAGGAAGCGAUGGGCCAUGGUGGAGAGUACAGAUGCCUCAGUGGUAGCCUUGGAAGCAGGGAGUCUAAUAGUUACAACACCAAGACUAGCAAAGCAAAGGGCCAUCAAAAACAACCAUGAGAUGCACCUGAAACAAAGGAGGAAGAAGAGAAAAGGCCAGUCCUCGUCAGAGGAAACAGAUUUAGUUGAGGAGGCUAACACUGAAACAGACGAGCAACAGGAGAGUGUGGAGGACAAGGUGAACCCCACAGAGCCCACAGUACCUCUACCAAUCAGCACAGAUGACAUCAUAGAAACUCCCCAGGUUACCAGUACAGACCUCAUCCAUAAACCUCGAAGAGGCAGAAAACCAUCAGCAAGCCCAGCUAAAAGGAAAAGAAGCAAAGCCUCAACAGAGCCGAUUCCUGGCAAGCCAAUUAAGAUCCACAAAAAGCCCGGGCCAAAACCCGGGAUGAAAGAUGCCAUCGAGGUAAUUGAGGCAGUAGUGAGGGCAGCAGGAUGUGAACAGGAGGAAAAAGAGGAGAAAGAAAGACAAGAAAGGGAAAGAAGGGGAAAAGGAAACACAGAAACAGAGGAGACGUGUGUUGUUGGUCCUGUAGUGACAGUAUCAGAAAAACAGACCGAGACCAUUUCUGUGAAGAGGAUCAGGCGUAGACGGGUCCAUCAAAGGUCUAAACUGUCUUUCUAUCCUUAUGUACGGAUUAACAACUCAAGAGACUUUUCUUCCUGGUGUGCCAUAGUCAACAAGGCGGAGGAUGCGGUCGUAUUUCAGAGACGCAGAAAAAAGGGCAUCCUCAGAAUGAGGAAUCCUUUCACAGUUGCAAAGGUGGUGCCACACACUGCUGCCAUGCUGCAGGGACCCACAAUAAAUAAAGAUCUUGUUGGGAGGUGUCUGACAUGUUGCCUGUGUGGGAAACCGGCAAACUACAAAGACUUAGGUGAUUUAUGUGGACCUUACUACACAGAGGACGGGGUUCCACGGAAAAUCUUGACGAUUACACACACAGAAGCCUUCAGGGAAGAGUUGGACAAGACCAACGACGACAACAGCGGCAGCAGCGAAGAACCGGGCAACUCCUCAAAGAGUGAGACUGAGGGCACCCCAGAAAAGGAAGGAAAUACAGAAGCAACCGCUCAAGAGGGCAGUGUUAGCAGUAGCAGCAGCAGCAGGCACCACUGGCGUUUCCGACGGGCAGAAAGAAUGGAAAGGCCGGGUCGGGAAGGUGGCCCGCGAAGGUUAACUCUCCGAGAGAGGUUCAAGAGGAUGAAGCAGCUACAAGCCGUCAACAAAGGAGCCCCCACAGACCAAGAGGGCAAUGAAAGCUUGUUCCAAAGGCUACAAAUGGAGGCAGAGGCUAAGGAGCACUGGGCCCAUGAAAACUGUGCCAUCUGGACCAAGGGGAUAAUUAUGGUAGCUGGAAGGCUAUACGGACUGAAGGAGGCAGCCAACACCUCAGCCCAAACGGCUGCACAUUCCACGAGGAUGACUUCUCCAUCAAAUGUCCUAAACACGAGGACCUGUAAGAUAUUCCUGUGUAUCACUUUCAUCGCCAACACCAUCACCGCUCCGCCAGACAACACCGAUCCAGCGAGACAAAAUCCACUCCCUAUUCCUAAAGACAUGGUGACGACCGAUGACGAACAGGCACGCCAGCCAGUGCGGCUGAGGGAGGGUUAAAAGGCAGCGCUGAAGUGGAGCUAGGAGCAAUACAAACCCUGGAAAAACAGCUCUGCAGAGAACAGCUGCUCCUUGAAGCCGCCCUAGAAAUGUGCUUUCUCAACUGAGCCCCUGACUGCAAGGCAGAAGGCAGUGACACUGUUUAACAGGAGGGUAGGCUGUGCUUUAGAGACUGUGCGCCUAAGGCCAGUGCACAUGGGGACCCGUUUGAAAUGCAGAGCGAGGAACGCGUGUGUGUGUUCUGCCUUCGGAUGGGUUGCUAUCAUAUUCAGACACUCGGCGGACACUGAUUGGACAGGGACAUCCCUCUGGCCACCUUGUCUGUGGGCCAAGAGGUGCAUAUGUGCGUGUGUGUGUGUGUGAGAGUGCGCGCAUGUGUUUGUAUGUGAUAACCAUAGAAUUGUCAUUCUCCAGCCACACCAUCAGUGUGUUUGUGCAUAUGUGUCUGUGUGAGUAUGAAGAAUUGCUUCUCUAACUCAAGAUGUCACGCGUCAAAAAAAAAAA